CGUCACCUUUACUUAGCCAGUCUGCUCUGCACCGCUGCGGGGGGCGUACAUGCCGCCAUUUUGUUUGCGCGGGAAAAUCGCUAACGUAUUCCGCGCGCUCCAGUUUCAAAAACUCGCUCAGUGAUCGUGAAAUAUGGGAUUACCAACCAGUGAUAAAAAGUGAAAAUUUUGUGAAGUGAAAAAAAAAUAGUGAGUUCGUAAUCGGCCGAGUUCAACCGGUCUCAAAAGUGAAUAAUCAAAAAUUUUAUUAAAAUUGUUAUAUUGAAUGCGAUGAUCGGUUACCUAUUUGCUGGUUUGUUGGAUUCAGCUGUACAAACCCACUCACGAUAAUGCGGUGCACAAAAUGUUCUAACAAAAUGAUACAAUUUUGAAAUAAAAUGUUAGAGGAGAUCGUUCACACGAUUCUCCCGAGCACGCGGACAAUAAGGUGUAAAAAGAAGGCAUUUGCAAACCGAGCAAAUAACAGAAAGAGACGAACUUUCGACACAGAUGAAGAUACAGGCCAAGUUCCUGGAGAAUUCUAUCUAUCUUUGGACAAUGCUAAAACAUACGCGCUUAAAACUCCGAGAUUUAAAGUGCCCAUGUUGAUAACAUUCCUCAUUUUCUAUGUAUGUGUUAUAAAUGUGAUAAUCUCGUGUGAUGUUAGUAUUAGUGCUGUAAAUAUUAAAGAACGAAAAGAAGGUUUGUACGAACGUGAAAUAACUAGAGAGAAAACGAAAUACUGGUUUGGACAAAGGCACGAUGGCUACGGCAGUUAUGGGAAGAAUUUGCGAAAAGGUCGAGCAUCAAAUAAAAGACAGACUGAUGAUGGAAAACCAGAUAAAUACGGCCCAGAAGCUCAAGACUUUAAUAAGUAUUAUAAUUACCUUAAGGAUAAAGAUGAUGUACCAAACGCAACUGAAUUGCCAACAUACGAUCAUAUGUCUCAUUUCAUGCCUGACGACUCGCAAGCUGUAGGACAUCCACAUAAGCUCGAUGAACAUCCUUUUUUCGUGAAAAAUAUAAAAUUCAAUUUGAGACCUGAGAGACACCAGUUUCAGGACAAGAUUGUGAAACUAGGUGUUCUGCUGCCUGCCGAUGAAACCCAAAUUUUCUCGCUUGGAAAAGUUUUGCCUAUUAUUGAGAUGGCAAUCCCAGCUGUGACUGGUCCCGAUGGACCACUACCAGGCUGGACUAUUUUGGUGGACUACAGAGAUACGCGGUGCUCUUCCGUCGAAGGGCCUUUGGCUGCUUUCGAAUUCUACGUCCAUGAAGCCGCUGAUGCGUUUAUCGGGCCCGGUUGUGAGUACGUGAUAGCUCCGGUGGCCAGGUAUGCAGGACCUUGGGGCAUUCCGGUGCUGACUGCGGGAGCACAGGCCCAGGCUUUUGGGUACAAGCAACCAAGUUACAGCACGUUAACCAGGAUGAUGGGAAGCUACACGCAAGCCGGUGUCGCAAUCCGCAAAGUCUUUGAGGAAUUCAAAUGGAGCCGUAUAGGAAUGCUGUACCACAACCACGACCCGGCUUCGGGGAAGGGUAACAGCCCCUGUUUUUUGACCCUGAGCGCAAUCUUCUCGGUACUGAACAAGAAACACAAUGGUUCGGACAUAGCGACCUCACCCUUUGACGAGACCAACAUAACCACGACAAAAAUAAAGGAACUACUACAUAAGUUGUCUUUAAACACCAGAAUUGUGGUGGUGUGUGCCAAUCCAAGCACUGUGCGAGACAUAAUGUUGGCUGCCUACGAUCUAAACAUGGUGUCAUCUGGAGAGUACGUGUUCUUCAAUAUCGAGCUGUUUUCCAACCUCGCGUCUGCAUCAUCGAAGGAACCUUGGAAAGUGGAGAAUGACACUGAAGAGAGGAACGAGAAGGCGAGGAAGGCAUACAGCGCCGUGCUCACCGUCACCAGCCCAGCUCCUGAGAAAAAAGAAUAUCUUCGGUUUUCUGAUAAGGUGAAAGACCUAGCAGCCACGAAGUACAACUACACGUUCGGUAAAGGCGAGGUGGUGUCCACAUUUGUAGCAGCGUUCUAUGAUGCAGUGCUUCUGUAUGCCCUAGCCUUGAACGACACGCUCAGCGAAGCUGAAAACCCGAGGGGACCGCUGGACGGCGCUGCGGUCAUCAGCAAAAUGUGGAACAGGACAUUUCAAGGAAUUACCGGCGAGGUGAUCAUAGACUCCAAUGGUGACCGGGUGGCAUCCUACUCUCUUCUUGACAUGAAUCCAGAUACCAGCAAGUUUCAGGUGGUGGCGACAUACGUGGCAGCUAACUCCUCUCUCCAGUUCAUCGAAGACCGGCCUAUUCACUGGGCUGGUGGAAGGACCACACCUCCGCCUGACACACCUAUGUGCGGCUUUGAUGGCUCUCUCUGUCCUGAUAAUUCUUUACCAGUUUAUGCAAUUUUGAGUAUAAUACUCAGUUCAGUGGUCGUCGUACUGGCUAUACUCUCAGUGUUUAUUUAUAGGCAUUACAAGCUUGAAGCAGAGAUAGCUAUGAUGACAUGGCGGGUCAGUUGGAGUGACGUGCUGCAGCCGGGCGGGCGUCUUCGAGGGAGCUUGCACUCACUGGCGAGGAGAUACAGUACUGGGACUACGUUCUCGGACGAAGCCACCUCUUUAGCUGGUGAUAGACAAGUAUAUGCUCCAUGUGGAUUCUACAAAGGUUGCCGAGUUGCUAUUAAGAAAGUGGACAAACAGCGGAUAGACCUAACGAGGCCUCUUCUUCUUGAGUUGAAGAAGAUGAAGGAUUUAGAACAUGAUCACUUGGCAAGGUUUUACGGAGCGUGUGUGGAUCCUCCACAUUGUUGCCUUUUGACCGAGUACUGCCCCAAAGGAUCGCUACAAGAUAUUUUGGAAAAUGAAUCCAUUAAACUGGAUUGGAUGUUCAAAGUCAGUUUGAUGCACGAUAUCGUGAAGGGCAUGCAUUACCUCCACGGUUCAGACAUCAGAUCUCACGGGGCUCUGAAAUCCAGCAACUGUGUGGUAGACUCGCGAUUUGUAUUGAAGAUCACAGACUUUGGACUCCACGCGCUGAGGACAUCAGAGAAAGAUUCGAGGGCACAUAGUUAUUGGACGCGUCUUCUCUGGACUGCACCAGAGUUGCUUCGAACAGCAGAACCGCCACCGGAGGGAACACAGAAAGGAGACGUGUAUUCCUUCGGCAUCGUCAUGCAUGAAAUUGUGAAUAGGCAAGGAGCAUUCUGGCUCGGUCCUGGCAUUGAAAUGGCCCCUAAAGAAAUCAUUGAGGCCGUGAUAGCCAGUGGUAUUCGACCCAAUACAUCUCAUCACCGUUCCUGUGAGGUGGACGAUGCCACCGAGUUGAUGAGGAGGUGCUGGGCCGAAGACCCUGCCGAGAGACCAGACUUCGCGCAUCUGAAGGGAGCCAUAAGACGCCUCAACAAAACUCAAGAAAGUAGCAAUAUUUUAGAUAAUUUACUUUCCCGUAUGGAGCAGUACGCAAAUAAUUUGGAAUCUUUAGUUAGUGAGCGAACUCAAGAUUAUUUAGAAGAAAAGAAGAAAUGCGAAGAACUUCUCUAUCAACUUUUACCCAAGUCCGUAACGUUACAACUGAUCAACGGCCAGUCAGUGGUGGCAGAGACCUUCGAACAAGUGACGAUCUACUUCUCAGACAUCGUCGGUUUCACUGCGCUGUCUGCCUCCUCCACUCCUAUGCAAGUGGUAGACCUGUUGAACGACCUGUAUACGUGCUUCGAUUCCAUUGUUGAAAACUACGAUGUUUAUAAGGUGGAAACCAUAGGCGACGCUUACAUGGUGGUAUCAGGUCUGCCAGAACGCAACGGUACGCGGCAUGCCUGUGAAGUGGCUCGAAUGGCUCUAGCGCUGCGAGACGCAGUCAGUAGAUUCCGCAUCAGGCAUCGGCCACAAGAUCAGUUGAAGCUCCGGAUUGGGUUACAUUCAGGUCCUUGUGUAGCUGGUGUAGUUGGUCUGAAGAUGCCUCGCUAUUGUCUGUUCGGGGACACCGUGAAUACGGCGUCGAGAAUGGAGUCCAAUGGCGAAGCUCUCAAGAUCCAUGUGUCUCCAGACACUAAGGCACUGCUUGAUCUCUUUGGGACCUUUCAUUUGGAGUGCAGAGGGGAAGUUGCUAUGAAGGGCAAAGGAACUCUAGUCACAUAUUGGUUAAUAGGCGAAAAAAUAGAUCCUAAUGCACAAAAAGACAGACCAUCGUUAAUUAAAACCCAGACGCAAUCAACAGAAAGUGGCUCACUGUCACACUUAACUCCAUUCAGACAACGAUUAGACCAAACUUCUCGAUCAUCAAGUAGAAGAGGAUCAGGGGUGUUCAUACAAAAAACAGACAUCAGUAAAUUAGAAAAAGAUGCUCAACCACUUUUACAAAACUUAAGUAUUCAGAGACAGCAUUCAGACCCCACGGAACCUGUCACGAAUGGUGUCACAGAAAAUGGAGAAGAAGUGGACAAACAAAGCGUUUCUAAUUCCAUAUCUCUAAACGUCAAUUCACUAAACCACAACUCGGUCCAUAGCAGUCAGCCCCGAGUAAAGCUGAAAGACUGCCAGAACCAGAAUUCAAUUGGCAAUCACAAGACAAACAAAAUAGGGAAUAACAAUUGGAUUUCUAAAUUGCCGACAGCGAGCUCGUUCGAUAACGGCACCAAGAAAGGCGCAGAACGUUUAAAGGAUUACAGCAGUGUACCGUUACUUUCAAAAGCUGAUACACCAAACGAUUCAAUUGUGUAGAAUUUUAUGUGAAUUUAAAGGACUUUAUAAACUGACACAGAAAAGUUGUGAGAAAGUUCUUGCUUCGUGUUAUUAUAUUGAUGUGAAUGUUGUCAUUUGUGCUCUCACUUGCUCGUUCAAGUUAAUGUAUAUUUGCAUGUACAAAGGUACUAGAUACCUAUUUACUUUUAGCUGAUAAUGUGUACAUAUGAAAUUGGUGAAUUCUGAAAUGGAUGAGUCCCUAAUGAUUUGUAGCCCCAAAGCCAUUUGUCUCAAUUUAUUAGGAUGCCUCAAAAGGUUUCUCUGGCAUUAACCUUUAUAGCUCGCGUCCCAUUCCUGUAUCGUACAUCCAUUGAAUAGGGUGUUAUUUACUUCAAGUAUUCAUUUUGGAUGAUAGUGCUUUAUUUACUUUUGAGACGCACUUAUUGUUUGUUUUCCCUAUCAUUCAAUGAAAUGAUUAUGACAAAUUGGUAAGAUAUUUUCAAGUAAUGAUACUUAAUCAUGACAUGCUCGAUUUUGAGCAUUAUUUGAAGCGAACUCAAAAGUAGCAUUUAGUUACUUAAUUUGUACCAAUGACUUGUUAAGGUAAGGUCUACAUUUAAAAAUUUAAUGCUAAAAAAAUAUGCCGUUAUUUAAAUUGUUUAUUCUAUCGUCUUAAUUUGAUUGUGUCCCAUUUUCAAAAGUCCUGGAACCCUAAAAUCAAAUGUUUUAAAUGAAAGUCUUAUAUUACUAUACUAGUAUAUACUAGGUCAAUGUUUAAUGUCAAUAUAAUACGUUACUUGGUGUUUUGAUAGUAAGUAACUAGCACUGCUUAAAAACUUCGAUAAAUCUUGUGAAAAAUAUUCACUUGCACGAUCUCUUUUAAUAUACCCUGGAUCAAUUGUCCAUAUUUACGUACAUUCCCAGUAAAGAGCUUAUGAAACUUUUUACUAUUAUGUAUGAAUGAUAUUUUUGAAACCUGUCUGAAUAUUUGACUAUUCAAUGAUUAAGAUUGAUGUUACACAUUGAGCAACAAUUUUACUCUUUGCAGUCAUAGUUUAGAAGUACUUUUUGCGCACAGUCAUUAGUUAUAAUGAAAAUGUUUAUAAAUACUAUUUGGAAACCAUUUCAGAUUGCUUUACAUAUUAAAUAAAUAAACCGUUAGAAAAAAGCUGUUAGUAAAUGGCCUAUUAUAUUAUCAAAGAGAUGUCAACUACAAAAAGAGAUUGAAAAUAUGAAAAAAUCCAUUAGUGAGCAAUAUUAUUUUACCUCAAUAAAGUCAAAAUAUUAUCAAGUGAAUACAAGUAAUGUAAGUUAGACUUGCUCAAUUUGUACUUACUUUCACAGUUCAUUCAACUUAGGACAUUCUAUUUAUUACAAAUGAUGAGACUAGUUUGUAAAUAUACUUAUGUACUUAAUUGUUUAUUAUUUAUUGUAAAUAACGUCUGAACUACUUAAAACUAUGUUGUGAUCUUAGAAAGGUACCUAUAUUUAUAAUACUGUAGAUGGUUAUGAGAAAAUAAAUGUUUCUUAAACGUUAUAGCAAAUAUAAUGAGUGAGAAUUA